AUGAGUCCUGCGCAUGACAAUGUUGCAGACCCGCCGUUUCGGCCAAUGUACGAGUUUGAAAUCCCCAAUUCUUUAGUUGGAUUAAAAGUUAUGUCUAUUUUUAAGGAAUUACAAAUUCGAACAAAUGUUAAAAUGGUUAUCCGUCCGCAUCAUACUCCCAGCAAGGUUAUGACUACUCACCAGAUUUGUACCGUUGAGGGCGCUCGAGACAAUAUAAAUAAAUGUCUUCAAAUGGUAAGGCGUCGUUUUCCUCCAGCAAGGUUUCCUGAGUUAAACUUAAAACCAGUGCUUCCUCCCCCACUCGCUUCACCAGAUAUUUAUGGAGCUGUUCCGACUCAGCUUUCACUACCAGAAGGCGUUCGUUGUGAGGUACUUGUUUCGGCAUGUGUGGAUGCAGGUCAUUUCUUUAUUCAACAGCCAACGCACCCAGCAUUUGCUUCGUUACACCGCCUUGAUUACUACAUGCUUGCCAUAUACACUCAAACUAACGGGAUUCCAGACCUUCCAAGGCCAUGCGAAACUGGAUUGCUGUGCGUUGCUCCCGCUGCAGGUGGUUGGUACCGCGCUGUCACAAUAUUUUAUUAUGAGGAAGAAGACGAGGUGCUUGUUCGCUUUGUAGAUUAUGGUGGCUAUUCUCGAGUUCCACGAGCUGAUUUGAGGCAAAUAAGGACUGAUUUUAUGACACUGCCUUUCCAGUCACUAGAAUGUUUACUUGCUCAUGUCGAACCAGUAGAUGGUUCUUCUACAUGGUUUCCGGAAGCGAAUGAAAUGUUUAUCAGACUAGCAAUGGGAAGGUUGUUGGAAGCAUUUGUCGUUGGCUACAGUGUGGAAGAUCAGACCCCAAUUGUGGAACUUUUUACUUCAAUUGAUAUUUGUGAAAGAAAUUUGUUUCAGACGGUGCGGAUUGACCGCGCUUUAUUGGACGCCGGGUUGGCAAAAGCUGCUGACCCUUCGAGAGUAAGGUGUGUUCCUCCUAAGCCGUUGGUAAGUCCUGUUCCAGUUCAGCCAGUGGCUGCCGCGGAUUCGGUUAGUACGACUUCAAAUCAGAGUACCAGUGGGCAUGUUUGA